AAAACCCAAACAGCGCAGCUCUCAACUAUUCCCAUAAGAAGUGUCUAUUCUCGUUACCAAACAGGCUUGAAUCAUGUGUCUUCGCAGAGAGAAGAGCAUCGAAUCUUCUGGUCCUCUCCUUCUGUUCCUCUCCCUCUCCCUUCACAUAUUAAUUCUUUGCAUGUAGAUGCUUCGAUCGAAGAUAGGGAAUCUGUCAACCCACACAUCCCUGCAUCUCAUUUAUGCACAUUCUUCGUUUUCUUCAUUUCAAUACAGGUUUCCAUCUCAUUUGAAAUGGAGGUCGAGGAAGGACAAUUGACAUGGUUUCACCAAAUCAAUCGCCCAAGUGCUGAAAUGUGCACUAUUUGGAGAAAUGGAGGUCGGAUUUGGAGAAAUGGAGGUCGAAUUUGGAGAAAUGGAGAUCGAGGAAGGCCGAUUGAAUUGGCCUUCAAGAUUAGGGAUUUCGAAGGAGAUAACCCAGUUUUGGAGAAAUGGAUGUCGGGGAGGCUGGUUGAAUUGGCCUUCAAGACUAGGGAGUUCGAAGGAGAUUACUCAGAUUUGGAGAAAUGGAGGUUGGAUUUGGAGAAAUGGAAGUCCGGAAAGGCCGAUUGAAAUGGUUUCACCAAAUUGGGACGAGUCUGUAGAGCUUGGAGGGAUUGAAAUGGAGGUCGGAUUUGGAGAAAUGGAGGUCAGAUUUGGAGAAAUGGAGGUUAGGGAAGGCCGAUUGAAUUGCCUUCAAGACAAGGGAUUUCAAAGGAGAUAACCCAGACAAGCCAGGGAUGAGAUUUUUACGCUAUACAAACGUAUUUAACUCAUAUUAUAUUUUUUGAACCGAAUGGUGUAACCGUGGGUGUCGGUUGCCAGGGUAAAUACAUCAUUAUCCUAUUU